AUGGAAAAAUAUAAAAAUUAUAAAACAUCAGGAGGAGAUAAGCAGGCUGGAUCGGAAUCAGAUGCAAGCCUAUGUAGCGAUGUAUCAAGGACAGUUUCUAAGUCUGGAGGUCGCUCCCGUGGGGCGAAAAAGAGACGUAUUACAAAAUCAAUAUCGUCCAGCGACAAUGAAGCUUUUUUAAAAGAGACGAAUUCUGAGACAGGAAAAGAGGUGACACCAUUAAUGGAUAAUUCUGGAGAGUUCGUAGUGCCAGGGCCUGAGGAAGCUCUUAGUAUGGCUGAGAGGCAAGUGGAACAAAUGCUAUCUGAAAUCCGGCUUGAAAUGGCGAGGAUCAAUAAAACACCUGCUCCACCACCUCCUCAGGUGCGAGGAGACAAGGAAAGUGAGGAAUUGAUAAGUUCCAUUAUGCGCCAAGUUGGUGACAUGAUGAAUGCGCGAUUGGAGGCGCUUGAGGAGCGGCUUCUCCCAGAAAAGCGUGUUCGCCCUCCGCUGGCUGCUGAUGUGCGCAGAGAUGUAGUAAAUGAUGCAGACAUACUACGGCGGAAGUCUGAUACAAUUACGAAGGCUGACAAAUACGCCGUAAAAACAAGAAUAGGCAACAAGAAAAUUCCGGCGCUGGAAAUACAAAGAGGAAACAGAAAGGGAAAGGGACACGAAGGGAGAACAACAGAAAUGGCAACCAACCAGCCAACAGAAUCACGCCCUCAACCUCCUGAGUCCACGGAAGAAGGAUGGAUCACAGUAGUGAGAAGAGAGCAACACACUAUUCGUACAUGA